UUGCUUCUACAACAGUCCAUAUAUAAAUUCAAAACCACGACUCUUUCCCCCCAUUCCCUGUCACUUCACCCAACAAAUUAAAACAGUCAAAGUCUUUAUCUAAAGCGGCCCAAAAAUAAAUUAAUAUAUAUAUUUUUUUUAUGGAUUUUCAGAAAUGAAUUAGGGUUUCACAAUCGCAAUUGAAUCUGCAUGAAUCGGAUUCAGAUCCGAUUCCGCAUUUCCUAUUCGGGUUCCCAUAACCUUCUCCACCGUCAUUGCCACCUUCCAUGGCGUCAAGCUCUCCGCCUCCGCCUUCCCCUUCUUCUUCUUCCAGAUCCGACCCUCCGCUCGAUCCUUCCACAAAGAAAGCGGAGGAAACAAGUCCUGCAGUUAAAGACGUGUUAGCGGUUAUUGAAUCUUUGAAGAAACAAGUUGCUGCAAAACGAAUUGUUACGGUCAAGACUAGAGUGGAAGAAAAUAGACAGAAACUGAUUGCUACAACUAACCAGCUAUGGAAAUCGUCGGCGGAGAGGACAUGCGGCAUUGCCGAUACAGAUAGAGGUCUGGAUUUGCUGAGUAAGAGGCAAAAAGAAGCAAUUGAUAUGCAUAAUGGUAUUCGUGCCGGUAAUGAUGAUGGUGAGAGCAAUGGUUAUAAUGGAGAUGACCAUGGUUCUACGGCAGUUCUUCUAGGAUCUAAUUAUGCUGUAAAGAAUGCUGUUCGGCCUAUUAAAUUACCUGAAGUAAAAAGAUUGCCUCCUUACACUACGUGGAUUUUUCUGGACAGAAAUCAAAGAAUGACAGAGGAUCAAUCAGUAUUAGGUCGGAGGCGUAUUUAUUAUGAUCAAAAUGGUGGUGAAGCACUUAUUUGCAGCGACAGUGAGGAGGAACUAAUUGACGAAGAAGAGGAAAAAAGAGAAUUCGUAGAAUCAGAAGAUUUUAUACUUCGCAUGACUAUCAGAGAAUUUGGUUUAUCUGAUGUUGUUUUGGAGAUCCUGGCUCAGUGCUUUUCUAGAAAAACUAGUGACAUUAAGGUCAGAUAUGAAACUUUUUGCAAUGAAGACAAUAGUGGCGAGGAUUCUAAAAAUGGAGAUGCACAAGAUAAUUCCCAAAUUGACGAUUCUUUUCUGGAAAAGGAUCUUGAAGCGGCUCUUGACUCUUUUGACAACCUAUUUUGUCGCCGAUGUCGUGUUUUCGAUUGCAGAUUACAUGGAUGCUCUCAGGAUCUUGUCUUCCCGGCUGAGAGGCAACCUUCGUGGACUCCUCCUAACACUGAAGAUGUACCAUGUGGGCCAAAUUGUUUCCGAACGGUACUUAAGGCAGAAAAAAUGGCCAAAGUCACAUCUACUCAGACUGAUGUUGAAGACAAAUCCUCUGGUGGUGCUCUAUCUAGGAAAAAAUCUUCUGGUAGAAGGCGUAUAAAAUGCAGCCAAAGUGAAAGUGCUUCAUCUAAUGCUAGGAACAUAUCUGAGAGUAGUGACUCGGAGAAUGGUCCUGGACGGGAUGCUGCUUCAGGCUCCCACUCAGCCCCACCUAAAACUAAACCAGUGGGGAAAAGUGGAAUCGGUAAGAGAAACAGUAAGCGAGUGGCAGAACGCGUUCUAGUUUGCAUGCAGAAACGGCAGAAGAAAACAGUAGCUUCUGAUUCUGAUUCCAUUGUAAGUAGUAUUCUUUGUUCAAGUGACAUGCAUUAGUCCAAUUAUUACCAAGAUAAUAAAGAAACAAUUAUUUUAUUACACAAAUGUGUCAAAUUUCUUAAUAUUAAAAGAUCCAAAAGGAAUUUGGUUUGUGAUAAUCUGUACAUAAUGCAGAGUGAAGCUCCUGACCGCUCAUUGAAUGAUAUGGUUUCUGACCCACAUGUUAUGAGUGGGGAAGACAACACGAGGAAAGAAGAAUUUGUGGAUGAAAACAUUUCAAAACAAGAAUUGGCUGAUAAUAAAUCUUGGAAAACUCUUGAAAAAGGGCUUUUAGAAAAAGGAAUGGAGAUUUUUGGCAAAAACAGCUGCCUAAUAGCCAGGAAUCUCUUAAAUGGUCUAAAGACAUGUUGGGAUGUUUUCCAGUACAUAAAUUGUGAAGAAGGGAAGUUGUCUGGUUCUACUGGGGAUGCUACAAAUUCUCUCGUGGAAGGCUAUUCCAAGGGUAAUAAUGAAGUGAGAAGAAGGUCAAAAUUUUUACGUAGAAGAGGAAGAGUCCGUCGUUUAAAGUAUACCUGGAAAUCUGCUGCGUAUCAUUCAAUCAGGAAAAGGAUUACAGAGAGAAAGGAUCAGCCCUGCCGACAGUACAAUCCAUGUGGAUGCCAAUCAGCUUGUGGAAAGGAGUGUCCUUGUCUUCUAAAUGGAACCUGCUGUGAGAAGUACUGUGGAUGCCCCAAGAGUUGUAAAAAUCGAUUUCGAGGCUGUCAUUGUGCGAAGAGUCAAUGCCGAAGUCGUCAAUGUCCAUGCUUUGCUGCAGAUAGGGAAUGUGAUCCAGAUGUUUGUAGGAACUGUUGGGUCAGCUGUGGUGAUGGCACUCUUGGGAUUCCUAGUCAAAGAGGGGAUAAUUAUGAAUGUAGAAACAUGAAGCUUCUUCUCAAACAGCAGCAAAAGGUUCUUCUUGGACGGUCUGAUGUGUCUGGCUGGGGAGCCUUCUUAAAGAAUAGCGUUGGUAAGCAUGAAUACCUUGGAGAGUAUACCGGAGAGUUGAUUUCUCACCGGGAAGCAGAUAAGCGAGGGAAGAUAUAUGACCGUGAAAAUUCAUCUUUUCUCUUUAAUCUGAAUGAUCAGUUUGUUCUUGAUGCUUAUCGAAAGGGUGAUAAAUUGAAGUUUGCAAACCACUCUCCUGUUCCAAAUUGUUACGCGAAGGUUAUUAUGGUUGAUGGAGAUCAUAGGGUAGGAAUAUUUGCUAAGGAACGAAUUAAUGCUGGUGAGGAGCUGUUUUAUGAUUACCGUUACGAGCCCGAUAGAGCUCCUGCUUGGGCUCGAAAGCCAGAUGCCCCUGGAUUGAAAAAAGAAGACGGUGCUCCUUCAAGUGGUCGUGCAAAGAAGCUUGCUUAAUGAGAGUUUGUUUAAAAAUUAAAAAUCCAUUCUUUUAGGUAUUCUUUAAUCAACACAUAGAGGGAGCAGUUUCAUUGAUAGCUGAAAGAAGUAUUUGUUGAGUUCUUUUGUUCGUAGCAAGGCCAUACAAUUGUUACAGCAUAGGUAAAAUUACAUUUAAACAUUCAUUUUGGCAUUAGCUAUCCCAGAUGGAUAUUAGUGUAAUCCUUUUUCCCGAAGGGGAAUGAGCAAAUGCAUAUCAGUGGAAGACAUUUUUCAAAUCUUACAAAAAAUAUUAUGAUUAUUUGAAUCAUCUUAA